AUGAGCAACCCUGAGAUGGAGGGACUUAUCCGUUCGCAGAACGAACUGCACGGACGCAUCGCACGCGCCUAUGAAAACUUGAAGAAAGCGGGAGGCGCAAGAUUGACAAUGGGACUGGUGAAUGCUCGCCUCCAAGCCUUGGAAUCGAACUGGAACAAGUUCGAGGAACAACACGGCAAACUGCUAUUAAUGCCUCCAGAUGUUCUCGCCGCCACUGACUAUAAGGAACAGGACCUCCCGGCUUUGGUGGAGGAGACCUUCUUAACGCAGAAGGGAAUGUUCCUGGACGUCCUCCUGUCGCACAAGGCGAGGGAGGAGGCUGCAGCUAAGAAUGAGACUUCGGAGACGGCGACAACGACGAAUCGCACCACGUUACCGCGGAUUCAGCUGCCGGAAUUCUCAGGCAAAUACGAGGACUGGCCGUCGUUCCGCGACCUCUUCCACUCUCUCAUAGGCCGGGACGCUAACACGACGCCGGUGGAAAAGCUGCACUACCUCAAAACUUCCUUGAAAGGUGAGGCUGAGUUAUUAGUCCGGAAUAUCGCGACGACGGCCGAAAAUUAUAACAGUGCGUGGGACGUAUUGAAUGCGUAUUAUGAGAACAAGCGACUUCUCACCCGCGCGUAUUUGUCCAAUUUCCUUGCGCUAACGAAAAUGAAGAGUGAAUCGGCGGUCGAGCUUCGAAAGAUUUUCCACGGCGUCAAAGCAACGGUCAGCUCGUUGGCGAGUAUCGGUCGGCCUAUAAACCGUAGCAAGGACCUAUUCGUUUAUCUGGCGGUCGAGCUACUGGAUCCGCGUUCGCGACGCGAGUGGGAAACGUCAAUCGGCGACACGACCGAGCCUCCGACGUAUGCGACUCUCGAGCAAUUCCUCGAUCGGCAGCUGCAUACGCUCGAGUCGAUGCAGCCUGCUAAGGUCGACGGAGCCGCCGGUAAGGCCGCGAGCGGAGCCGCCAAAUCCGCGCGGAGCCACCUCGCUCGGAAGCAGGAGGGAAAUCCGGACGCCAAGCGAGGUCGUUGCCACUGCUGCCAAAAGGACCAUAUCCUCAUGUUCUGCGAGGACUACAAGAGGAAAACAGCCCAGGAACGGAAGCAGCUCGUCGACAACAAGAACCUGUGCCUGAACUGCCUCGGUUCUCACAAGGUCAGUGAGUGCGCGUCGAAGAAGGGGUGUGCAGCGUGUGGCGCGCGACACCAUACUUCCGUCCACGAUGCGUGUCGCGAGGUCGAGGUCGCGAAGACGGUUCACGCGGCUCAAAGACUUGCCGUAAAGCCGAGCGCGGUGCUCCUCGCCACCGCUCGCGUUCGCGUAGCCGAUCGGUUCGGAACCUUGCAUCACGCUCGCGCGCUGGUCGACCAGGGAUCGGAGUCGUCCCUUGUGACCGAGCGCCUCGCGCAAAGAUUAAAGUUACCGCGUUCUCGCACGUCGGUUUCGAUAUUCGGCGUCGGCGGACAGAAAACGGCCGUCGCAAAAGGACGCGUAUCGCUGACUCUCGCGCCGCGAACCGACGGCCCCGCGAUGUCGGUCUCCGCGCUCGUACUCCCCCGGCUCACAAUAUACGCCGGCGGUAUCGAGGCCGGCGCUGAAGCGUGGUCUCAUCUUCGGGGUCUGGAGCUGGCGGACCCCGAGUUCAGCGCGUCCGACUCGGUGGACAUUCUCCUCGGUGCCGACGUUUACGCGGAAAUAUUGCAAGAGGGACUUCGCAAGGGGGGUAGUCGCGAGCCCGUCGCGCAAAACACGACUCUUGGCUGGAUUCUGUCUGGCGCUAUCGGUGAAAGUGCUUCGAGUCACUUCGCGCAAUCCUACCAGUGCCGUGUCGAGGACGAACUGUCGCAACUAGUGAGACGAUUUUGGGAGCAGGAGGAGGUUCCGUCGGCUGCCGGACCGCUCUCGAAAGCCGAUCAGGAGUAUUUCAUGCGUCAAUAUGUCGAGCUCGGGCAUAUGACGCCGGUCGAUCCUCCGGCCGAUCCGGCGAAAAUGACCGUCUGCUAUCUGCCUCACCAUGGAGUGAUGAAGGAAACCAGCACGACGACGAAAUUGCGAGUCGUCUUCAACGGUUCUUCCGCGCUGCCGACGGGAGCGGCGCUAAAUAAGUAUCUGCAGACCGGGCCGAACUUGCUGCCGGCUUUGGCAGAGAUCUUACUCCGUUGGCGGCGUCACCGGUACGUUUUUGCGGCGGACAUAGAGAAAAUGUACCGGCAGAUCGAAGUCCACCCGGAAGACAGGGAUCUGCAACGCAUAGUCUGGCGUGAGAGCCCUAGCGAUGUGUUGCUGGAAUUUCUCCUAAUCACUCUCACGUACGGGCUUGCUUGUUCCGCGUUCCUAGCGAUUCGCACGUUCCAUCAGCUGGCCAAGGACGAGGGAGUUGAGUUCCCGCUAGGAGCUAUCGCCCUCCUACUGGAGACCUACAUGGACGACGUAUUGUCUGGCGCGGACACGAUCUCGAGGGCCAAAGAGAUCCGUCGUCAGCUGGACCGAAUCUGCAUGGCGGGCGGCUUCCCGCUCAAGAAGUGGUCGGCGAACGAGGCGUCGAUACUCGAUGAGGUCCCUCCUGAGGAUCGCCUUCAACGCGAGCCCCGGUGGUGGCUCCCGGGAGAGAGCCACUUGACCCUCGGGCUGCGUUGGCAUCCACGCGAAGAUCAGUUCGCCUACUCGACGCAACUGACCCAACUGGAGGCUAUUACGAAGCGGUCGGUCUUAUCUUUAGCCGCUCGGCUAUUCGAUCCGCUAGGGUGGCUCGCCCCCACUACCGUAUUAGCUAAAAUUUUGUUUCAGUCCACCUGGUUGCUGGGAUUGGAUUGGCACACGCAGCUCACUGACACCGACGUCCGACGAUGGCUCGAAUUCCAGGCCGGACUGCCUCUACUGGAAACGAUCCGAGUGCCCCGAUGGCUGGAGAGCGAUCAAGAAGGUGUUAAGCGCGAACUGCACGGAUUCGCCGACGCCUCGGAAAAGGCGUACGCAGCGGUGGUCUACCUGCGGACCGAAAGCUCGAGCGGCGAAGUAGUCGUGAGCCUCGUGGCGGCGAAAACCAAAGUCGCUCCGUUAAAGCAG